AUCCAAAUUCCAAAAUAUGAAGAGGUCCCCAAGUCCAAACAAGUGGGACCAUCGAAAUCACCUUAACUAAACGGCGUCAGAAAAUCAGACGGCAACACUAACGGCCUUCUAUUUAAAACGAAAAUUUAAGUAAAUCCCCCACUUUUAUGUUUUAAAGCCCGUUACCGCCCUUUAAUCGUAGGGCAAAUUCCCGAUUCCCACUCUCUCUCUUGCGCGCCUGUUCUUCGAAUCUUCAAACCAAAAGAAGCAUAUCGCCCUCUAUCGCUGCCGCCUCAAUGUCUCAGGUCGAUAAUAGAAACUCUUCGGCAGCCAAACGUGCUAGAACGGAUGGUGGUCGUAGGGAAGAUGAUUGGACAUGCCCUAGUUGUGGGAAUGUCAAUUUUUCAUUUAGGACUAGUUGUAAUAUGCGCAAUUGCACUCAACCCAGGCCAGCUGAUCAUAAUUCAAAACCUGCUGCGAAGCCUCUACAAGCCCAACAGAGUUACUCGUCGUCUGCUCCAUAUGUAGGUUCUUGUGUACCAUCUUCAAUGUAUCUGGGUGUACCACCUUAUGGUUCUUCCCUCUUCAACGGUUCUGCAAUUCUUCCAUAUGAUGUUCCUUUUUCUGGAGGAUUAGCUUAUCAUUACAAUUAUGGCAGUCGUCUUUCUGGUGGCAGUCCCUACCAGCCACUGCAUAUGUCUGGACCACCCUCUUAUUCUAGUGGCUCUAUGAUUGGAAAUGGUGGGAUGUAUGGCAUGCCUCUGAUGGACCAGUAUGGCUUGGGGUCGCCCAUUGGCCCUCUAAUGGGACCAAGGCCAGGAUUUUUUCCAGAUGAUAAAUUACAGAAAAAGGGUGCAGAUGCUAUGCAUGAUAAUGAUUGGAUGUGCCCAAAAUGUGGGAAUAUCAACUUCUCUUUCAGAACUGUCUGUAACUUGCGGAAAUGCAACACACCUAAGCCUGGAUCUCAGGCUUCAAAAUCAGAUAAAAAUUCAAAACAAAAGAUGCCUGAGGGAAGCUGGAAGUGUGAGAAAUGUAGCAAUAUUAACUAUCCUUUUAGGACAAAGUGCAAUAGACAAAAUUGUGGGGCUGACAAACCGUCUGAGUCAAAGAAGUCCCCCUCACCAACAACUAAUGAAAAUGAUAAGGUAGGUUUUGUACUUUGGAAUCAACUCAUCUAUGGACUUAGAUAUGUUGCUAGUUGGGAAAAUACCGCAGGUUGCACAUUUCUGGUUUUCAUUCAGUUUUUUGUUGUCUGUGUUGAGAUGUAUUUGUUCCAAAAGAAGGCUUCUGGUAGAAGCAUAAGAAGUACUCAGCUUCCAAUAUUUAAUUAGAUCUAUGGUCAAGUAAUGCCUGGAGUAGGAAAUCUCUUCAGUUAUUUUCUUGAUUGACUAUAGGAAGCAGAGGCCCAUUUUGUAAAGUGUUUUUUUCUUGUGACUCGAUAUAAUCAGGGAUCUAUUGUUGUGAUUUUGCAAGAUUUCAUUAGAUCUUUCAGAAAUUACACAUUGAUCCCUAUAUGAUAAUUACUGGAGUAUGAUUGGUCACUAUGUCUCCUAUUUUGCACCAUCAUAGGUUAAGCCUAGUCCUCCCUGGUACAUUAUAAUUGCAUUGAUGUUAAAAUACUCUUGUCAACUUUGCUGUUUGUAAUAUGUAUUUUCCCCGUCAUUGGAGGAUGGUCAUCUUGAAUUGAGAACUCGUUGGAUUCUUGUCGGUAUACAUGUUGCAUAAGUCCCUUAUUGUUCAUAUGAUUGAUUAAGUUAAUGUUGCAUGUUGCAUGGAGAAAAUGUCUGUUUGAUUAAGUUCACGAAGCUGCCUGUCUAGAAGCCCAUGGUGAUGUCAUAAUUUUUGGUUCUCAUGAUUGAA